AUGAAAACGUUUGAAUUUAUCUUUGCCAUGUUGAUGUUAGAUCCUAUUCUUUCUUCAAUAUUAAAAACAAGUGCUUUUUUACAGUCACCCAACAUAAACUUAUUAACUGCUGUAGAAAUCGUUGAGUCAUUAAAAAAAUUACUUGUUUCUAUGAGAAAUACUGAAGACGAUUUCACAGAUAUUUAUCAUAAAACCAUUCAAAUGUGUAAAAAUUAUGAUAUUGAAAUUCCACAACUGAAAAAAAGAAAAGUGUCAACCAAAAUUGACUGCUUGAGUAGUACACAGCACUAUAUGUCUUCAAAAGAAGAAGAAAUGAAGGUUUCUGUAUACUAUUCAACAUUGGACCAUAUGAUUAGUGGAAUUAAUAUUAGAUUUAACCAAGAAACAAUGAAUAUGAUUCAAAGCAUUGGAAAUUUAUUAGUUUUAAAUAUAAAUAGCAACGACAUUUCAGUCUUGUCCACAGCAUUUGAUUUAAAUUCUGAUAUGUUGAAAACAGAAAUUAAUCUUCUUAAACAUACAGAUAAUAUACCGAAAGGCGAGAAGAAUAAAUGUGGUGAUUGGAUAAAUUGGCUUACACAAUCCAACUGUGGAAGGGAAACUAUAUUUUGUAAUGUUAUUAAAGCAUUGAAAACAUUUAUGAUUAUACCAGUAACGAGCUGUGCUUGCGAGCGUUCAUUUUCUAAACUUAGUAUUGUGAAAACCAAGCUACGCAGUACCAUGACACAGGAUCGAUUGGACGGCCUGCUUACUGUAUUCAUUGAGCAAGAACUUGCUUAUAAUAUAAAUAUUGAUGAUGUAAUUGAUACAUUCAAAAACCUUACUCCCGUGGACAGAAGGAUGGAGUUGUAA